AUGACCAAGAAGAUCAUCACCGUGUUCGGCGCCACGGGCGCUCAGGGCGGCAGCGUCGUCAACAUCUUCCUCAACGACGCCAAGCUCAGCAAGGAUUGGCAGGUCCGCGGCGUCACCCGCGAUGCCACCAAGGACUCGUCCAAGGCUCUCGCGGCCAAGGGCGUCGAGGUUGUCGCUGCCGACCUCGGUGACAAGGCUUCGCUGGCUGCCGCUGUCAAGGGCGCUUCGGCCGUCUUCGCCGUGACCAACUACUGGGACAAGAUGGACAAGGAGCUGGAGAUCCAGCAGGGCAAGAACAUUGCCGACGCGGCUCUGGAGGCUGGCGUCGAGCAUUUCAUCUUCAGCUCCCUCCUCGACGUCAACAAGCUAUCCAAGGGCGCCCUCCCCGACGUGUACCACUUUGACAGCAAGGCCGCCGUCGAAGAGUACAUCCGUACGACCUCCCUCCCCGCAACCUUCUUCCUCCCGGGCUUCUACAUGGCCAACCUCCCCGGGGGCAUGUUCCGCCAGACGCCCCCCGAUAACGCCUGGGGCCUCAGCCUCCCCGUGCCGGCCAGCGCGCCCAUCCCCUUGUUUGACGCAGCGACCGACACGGGCAAGUUUGUAAAGGGCAUCGUGCUGCACCGCGAAAAGGUGCUCGGCAAGCGGGUAUACGCGGCGACGAGCUACGUGACGGCGGGCGAGGCGGUCGAGACGUUCAAGAAGGUGUACCCGGAGGCGGGCAAGACGGCGCGGUUCAACGAGCUCACACACGAGCAGUUCAAGGGCGCGCUCAAGGGCCAGGGGAUGCCGGAUUUCGUGGCUGAGGAGAUGUUGCAGAACAUGAGGCUGCUCGACGAGUUUGGGUACUAUGGUGGGGAGAAGCUGGACGAGUCGCACGCGAUUGUUGAGGAUAAGUUGACGACGUGGGAGGAGCAUGUGAAGAAUGCCAAGGCCUUUUCUGGACUGUCCGACCCUCCAGCUUUCUCUUACCCGUGGCCCAUCCCCGACCCGAUCUUUCCCUCCCCUCUCUCCAACACGUCGCAAAACGUCGUUCAAAUCCUCAUUUUCACUGCAUCUCCCAUUGAGGUUGAUUUAUCCAAGGAAAACUUCUUCCUCGCGGGAAAAGUAAUUAUGGCUUCCCCUCCAAAGCCCUGGGAACGGGCCGGUGCUCCAACAACAGCUGCCUCAAUCACACCCAUGUCUGCCGCAUCUAUCGCGACCCCGACACCGGCCACAUCCCUCUCCGGUGGUACCCCGCCCGCCGUUCCCGAACGACCUGCCUCUCUCGCCUCCACGGUUGACCAAAACGCUGCCGCUUAUAGCAGAGCAGGCUUAGGUGCGGCUGCCAGUCCCUACGGCUCAUACGGCGGCGGUGCCUACUCUUCUCCCUACAGCAGCCCAUACUCAAGGAUGGGUUCCUACGGCGGCUACGGCGGUGGUAUGUACGGUGGUGGCAUGUAUGGAGGUGGCUACGGCGGUGGCAUGUAUGGUGGAGGCAUGUACGGCGGCGGUAUGGGCAUGGGCGGUAUGGGAGGCAUGGGAGGGCCCAACGACCCGAACAGCCUUACCAACAGAUUCAACAACAGCACGCAGGCGACAUUCCAAAUGUUGGAAGGCAUCGUUGGUGCCUUUGGAGGCUUUGCCCAGAUGUUGGAGAGCACAUACAUGGCCACACACUCAAGCUUCUUUGCAAUGGUGUCAGUAGCAGAGCAAUUCAGCAACCUUAGGGAUACCUUGGGCUCGAUACUCGGUAUCUUCACCUUGAUGCGUUGGAUCCGAACCCUCAUCGCCAAGAUCACCGGCCGCCCGCCUCCAGCCGACGCGACCGCGCUCACGCCAGCAGCCUUUGCCAAAUUCGAAGGCCGAUCGCCCAUCGGCCCCGACGGUGCUCCCCUGGGACCCCCCAAGGCUUCCCGCAAGCCGCUCUUCUUCUUCCUCCUUGCCGCCUUCGGUCUCCCGUACCUGAUGCGCAAGAUGAUCAACACCAUGGCUGCAUCUGCGGAAGAAGAGGAACGUCGCCGUAUGGCUCUGGCCGGCGCGCAACAGCCCUUGGACCCGUCCAAGCUUGAUUACUGCCGUCUCCUGUACGACUACGCUCCUCAGCCUGGCAACGCCGUCAAGGACGUUGACAUGGAAGUGCGCAAGGGCGACCUUGUCGCUGUUCUCUCCAAGAGCGAUCCUAUCGGUAACCCUAGCGAGUGGUGGAGGUGCCGCGCGCGUGAUGGCCGUACCGGCUACCUCCCCUCGACCUACCUCGAGGUGAUUAAGCGACCUGGUCAGCCUCUCGCUGCCAUCAAGGGUGCGCCCAGCGACAGCAGUCGAAGCAACUCGCUCACUGGCGCCGCUCCCGAAAAGGGACCGGAGAUCAAGACGAAGAUCGGAGACGUUUCGCCCGAGAGCUUCCAGAAGAGCGUGUUCUACAACUAA